AUUGUCAUUCUUCCCCCCUUGUUUUUGAUUGCUAUUCAUCGUCUCUUUGUGUUUACCUUAUUUUGGUGACUCCUCUCUAUUUCUUCUCUCCCUAGCUACCAUUAUUUUUGUAUAGUUUCUAAAUCUUGAGAUUAGUAGCUACUACUAGUUGGUUGGGGUCAAGAGUAACGAGUAUGAUCAUCUCCAAAUUUUCCCUUCUUCGCUACCUGCCUCAUCCUCGUCUCGGCCGGAGAUCGACCGAUUUUUGACGACGGUACUUCCAGUCAUCCGGCCGCACCGUGCGGACAGGAGUAAUGGCUGCUACUGCUUGGCCACGGGACAUCUGGAACCAUUGGGCCAUCCAGAUCCUGGUGAUCUUCAGCCUCGGGCUCCAGAUAGCCCUCUUCCUCUUUGCCGGGAUCCGCAGGCGUGGAGGCCACCCUGUGCUGCGGUUCCUGCUGGGGGGGGGGGGGGGGGGGGGGGGCAGGCCCCUGCUCGUCCCCCCUGGCUCGGCGCUCAGCCACCUCUCCCUCACCGGCGCGGCAGGCGCGCACCCGAUCGUCGCGUUCUGGGCGCCAUUCCUCCUGCUGCACCUCGGAGGCCCGGACAACAUCACCGCCUACUCUUUGGAGGACAACGAGCUCUGGAAGCGGCACUUGCUGAAUGCCAUCCUUCAGGUGUCCGGAGCCGUGUAUGUCCUCUACGAGUAUAUCGCGGACACGGGCACAUUGCUCCGGCUUGCCUCCAUCUUGAUGUUGGCCAUCGGUGCUGUCAAGUACGGGGAGAAGACGUGUGCGCUCAUGCGCAGCAACCUGGACAGAAUCCGAGCCUCUCUCAAGAAGCAACCACAUGCCAUGCAUGGACAUUUCCACCCUCAAGAUCAAGUGUUGAAGGAUGGAGAAUUAGACGAGGAAUCCCUUGUGCGAAGAGCUCACUCGCUGUUCCACAUAUGCAAGCAUGCCAUAGUUGAUUACCCAGUGAUGGAAGAUGAUUCACACAGCCAAGAUACCACCAAAAUGAUAGGCGAGGUCGGUUUAUGGAGAUUAGUGGAGGUUGAGCUCUCCCUCAUGUAUGACAUGCUGUACACCAAGGCAAGUGUCAUCCACACCUGGUUCGGCUACUUGGUGCGUCUCAUCUCACCACUCGCCAUAGCCGCAUCAUUGCUGCUUUUUAUGUUCGUCGACAAGGAAGCCCACCGCAGAGUUGAUGUCAAUAUCACCUACAUAUUGUAUGGUGGUGCCUUGUUCAUGGAGAUGAUGUCGAUGCUGAACGCCCUAGGCUCCUCUUGGACAUUUGUCUUCCUGAGUACCACGAGAUGCCACUGGCUUCAAUACGCAGCUCUGUGCAAUCGAAGAUGGGACCGGCUUAGGCGUGCUGUUGUAUAUCUUCACCAUCUUGUCAGGGUAGGAGGAGGUAGCCGGUACAGCUCAAGGAGGUGGUCACAUAGCAUGGGACAGUACAAUAUGUUGCACCUUUGCACUGGUUCUGACAGUGCACUCACGAGGCCUCUUCUUGGGAGUUUGGCCAAGGUUGUGGGACUGGGAUUGACGGAGCUUUGGAACAAGGAGUAUUACUCAUGGGAUAUUAACAUGGCGGACCAUAUAAAGGUUUGUAUAUCUGAACAUAUUAAGAAUUUAUACAGUGAUGGGAGUGUGAACUCACUGGGCAUGCUCAAGAACAAGUGGGGUGAGGAACCACUGGUUCGCAGGGAUUUGUUUGGAGGGAUAUUUGAAGACUCCCUGGGUGUUGAUUUCCAAGAGUGCAUCAUCAUCUGGCACAUCGGCAGCGCUAUUUUCCUGGCCAAGAGCCAGCAAGCCAAAGAAGAGGACGCAUUGCUGGAUGUGGAGGCCAUCAAGGCGAUAUCAAACUACAUGAUGUUCCUUCUCGUGAAACAGCCAGACACACUACCAGGCCGCUCCCAAAACAGGUUGUAUGAACUAACCUGUACAAAGCUGGUCAAGACCAGGCGAUCGACUCAUAGGCGUCAAAACAUGAACCUACGUGCUACGCUCAAGAAUCUGUUCAGCCUACAUGAUGGCCCUGAUUCCAAUUCCAGGGCCACUGACAGAGAGGAGCUUGCAAAAGAGCUAUAUGAUGAGUAUGAGGGCAAAAGCUUCAGCUACGAUGCUCCUCGUCUCCCCCUUGUAGCUGAACUUGCUAAGGAACUGCUAAGAAUGGAGAAGGAAGGCAGCAUGGUUAACUCGGUGCGACUUGUCCUUGACGUGUGGAGGGAUAUUCUUUUUUACGCAGCCAGCAACUGCAGCAGGAAAUUCUAUGCCGAGAAGCUGAGCAAUGGCGGUGAGUUGACAACCAUCGUGUGGCUUGUGGCAGAACACUUAUACCAACUAUUUGUCAAGAGCCUGAUCAAAAGAUUGAAAAAGGAUAAUGAUUUAGCAUGAGAAGGCAUCAGUCACCCAGGGAGAUGAUGAACUGAUGAUAAUUAUGACGUAUACAACUAUUGUCUAUGUAUCCUUGAAGCAAUAUAAAUUGUAUGUUGCUCCGCUUAUUGAAUAAAGAUAUAGAUUCAUUUUAUUGACUACCAACUAUUGUAGCACAUGGCACGUGUAGUUAGCAACCUAAAAACAAAAAGUGUGCCAACUCUU